UGGGGCCGCGGACCGGCCCGAACGGCGGCCCCUGGGGCGGCGGGAGUCCGCGGCUCAGCUCCGGGCUCCGGGAAGCCUUCCAGUCCCCAGCCCCCAUCCUUCCCCCAAGUCCCGGGCUCCGCGGAGUGUAAACAGCCCGACUCCAGCCGGGCUGGGGGCGGGUCCGGUCAGGGGAAUCGAGGCUAUAAAAGCCCACAUAGUCCCUCCGGUGCCCCAGAAUGCCCACUGGCGUUUUCGGAGUGACGUCACGGCCUUCACUCUGACGUCACGUUGAGCAUACGACGUCGUACACAACUCCUAAGCCCAGGCGCGCCAGAGCCCUCUGGUCGAAACCGCGAGCUUUCUUUUGGUGAAGCCACUUGUGCGCGUCCCAGGACUGUGGGCAGGGGCCUAAGAGUGGUGCACCGCCAACUUAUCUGGGGACCCCCUCCCCUUUCUUCCUGCUCCUCUCCUGGCUCCCCCUGAGCGGUCCGCGAAGGCCGGGGGAGGGGCGGGAACGCCUCCGGAGGCCCGGCCCCGCCCCCGCCCCGCCUCUAGCCCGCAAGGCCAGGAAGCGCGGAAGGAACCGCCGGGGGCCAUGGACGGGGCUGUGAUGGAAGGGCCGCUCUUUUUGCAAAGUCAGCGUUUCGGUACCAAGAGAUGGAGGAAGACCUGGGCCGUGCUCUAUCCUGCCAGUCCCCACGGCGUAGCGCGGCUCGAGUUCUUUGACCACAAGGGGUCGGGCGCUGGAGGGGGCCGAGGGGGCUCGCGCCGCCUGGACUGCAAGGUGAUCCGUCUGGCAGAGUGUGUGAGCGUGGCCCCCGUGGCUGUGGAGAGCCCCCCUGAGCCCGGCGCUUCAGCUUUCCGCCUGGACACUGCGCAGCGCUCCCACCUGCUGGCGGCCGACGCGCCGUCCAGCGCCGCCUGGGUGCAAACGCUCUGCCGAAACGCCUUUCCGAAAGGCAGUUGGGCUCUGGCGCCUGAGAACCCACCCAAGCUUUCUGCCUUGGAGAUGCUGGAGAACUCGCUGUAUAGCCCCACCUGGGAAGGAUCACAGUUCUGGGUAACCGUACAGAGGACUGAAGCCGCUGAGCGCUGUGGCCUGCAUGGCUCCUAUGUGCUGAGGGUGGAGGCUGAGAAGCUGACUCUCCUGACCAUAGGGGCCCAGGGUCAGAUACUGGAGCCACUCCUUUCCUGGCCUUAUACUCUGUUGCGCCGCUAUGGCCGGGACAAGGUCAUGUUCUCUUUUGAGGCUGGCCGCCGCUGCCCUUCAGGCCCUGGAACCUUCACCUUCCAGACAGCACAGGGGAAUGAUAUCUUUCAGGCGGUUGAAACUGCUAUUCACCGGCAGAAGUUCCAGGGAAAGGAUGGUCAAGGGCAGGACAGUCUCAGAGCCGAUUCCCAUGAAGGAGAAGCGGCAGAAGGGAAGUUGGUGUCCCUCCCUGGCGCUCAGGAACUCCCGGGCACUCCUCCGGCCCUGUAUGCUGAACCCUUAGACUCACUGCGCAUUCCUUCAGGCCCUUCCCAGGAUUCCCUAUACUCAGACCCCCUGGACAGCACCUCUGCUCGGGCAGGGGAGGCGGCACAGUUAAAGAAACCUCUUUACUGGGACUUGUACCAGCAUGUGCAGCAGCAGUUGCUGAAGGCCAAGCUGACAGACCCCAAAGAGGACCCCAUCUAUGAUGAACCUGAGGGCCUGGCCCCAGCUGCUCUCCGGGGCCUUUAUGAUUUGCCUCAGGAGCCCAAGGAUGCAUGGUGGUGCCAGGCUCGAGUGAAGGAGGAGGGCUACGAGCUCCCCUAUAACCCUGCCACUGAUGACUAUGAAGUGCCACCGCCUCCUCGGAGCACAAAGCCCCUCCUGGCUCCCAAGCCCCGGGGCCGGCCCUUCCCUGAGCCUGGAGUUGCAGCUGGUGGCGGUGGCAGUGGCGGUGGCGGUGGCAGAGGCCACAGUUCAGACACUGUCCUGUACAGCCAGGUCCAAAAGAGCGGUGGUACCCCGGGGAGCUGGGACUGUGGGCUGUCCAGGGCAGGGGCUGAAGGGACCAAGGCCAAGGCAGAGAGCUCCACAUGAGAGGGCGAAACUGGGGACACUGUGGGAGGACCACGGGAAGGUGGCACUGGGGAUCAAAGAUACUUGUUAGGACCUGCAGGAACCAGAGGGCCGGAAGGUCCUGUGUGAGCCAGCCCAGGGCACCAGGGGGACCAGGGGAGUCAAGGGGAGGAUGAUCAAUCUCAAGAAGUUCUGAAAGUGGGACAGGUGGCAGGGGUGAGGGAUAGGACUUGGGAGAGACCGGCACCCCUAAGUCAUCCUCCCCAAAGGAAUGGACAGCGCUGGACCAGGUCUAUGAAGAGGGGUGCUUGCUCUGAGCUGGUGCAGUCAAAGGGGCCUGCAUGGAGGCUACAGGGAGCUGCUGAACUGUGCCUGGAUCCUGACCCCUGCAUUGUUCUUUGCCAGAGACAUAGAUUUUAAAAAGUUUAUUCUCAUUAAAGUCAGUUUGGGUUUAA